AUGGCGGAUGCAAAUAAACCUAAAAAAAGAACAUUUCGUACAUUUCAAUAUAGAGGUGUAGAUUUAGAUAAGUUAUUAGAUAUAAGUCAAGAUGAAUUAAUUAAAUUAUUUAGAGCAAGGCAAAGAAGAAAAUUUAAAAGAGGAAUAAGUAAAAAAGCAAAAUCACUUUUAAAAAAAUUGAGAAAAGCAAAAAAAGAAUGCGAACCAGGAGAAAAACCUAAACCAAUACCAACUCAUCUUAGAAAUAUGACAAUUAUUCCUGAAAUGGUAGGAUCAAUUGUAGCUGUUCAUAACGGAAAACAGUAUACUAAUGUUGAAAUAAAACCAGAAAUGAUUGGAUAUUAUUUAGGUGAAUUUUCAAUUACUUAUAAACAUACAAGGCAUGGAAAACCAGGUAUUGGUGCUACACAUUCUUCUCGUUUUAUUCCACUUAAAUAA